AUGCAACAGCUUGACUUGAAAACAUGGUCUGCUAUGCCAUCUCUCGGAGGACCAGACCCUCAUAUAGGCACUGGUCGACAAUACCGGAUCGCUGAAGAAGAAGAACAACAUAAACUGGAUGCUGUACUCUCACUGCUCUUCCCUUCUACGGUUAGCGUGCAACAUUCGCAGCCUAUUAUGGGUCAUGUUCACACGUUGCGGCUCCUGGCACUUUCAAACGGAGCCCGAUUGUUGCUCAAGGGCUCACCGUCAUCGAGAACGGCUCUUCUUCGACGUGAACGAUCAUUCCUCGAAACUGAAGCCCAGUUUCUGGCCCUGCUUGGUACGAGUGGAAACCCGUGUAUCCCCCAACUCUACCAUUAUGACCCCCAUGGCAGAGUGUGGGGAUCUCCAUAUAUGAUUCGACAGUACAUGAAAGGCAAUUCAUUGCUCGAGAUGGAGAGCCGACUCACCUCUCGGAAACGGGAUGAUAUUGACCGCCAUUUGGGUUUCUUGACGAGCACUAUCGGUCAGAAUGCAGCACCUGGGUUUGGCUCUCUGCAGCAAGUGGCAUACGGAGCUGGAAGGCCCUCCUGGAGAGAGGCCUUCUGCACUCUCUUCGAGGGUAUUCUCCGCGAUGCCGAGGAUACAUUCAUUCAUCUUCCUUAUUUGGAGAUUCGAAAUGAACUGAAUCGUCUGGCACCUGCCCUCGAAUUUGUCACCUUGCCACGUUUGGUGGUCGUCGACUUCGGUCAGCCCUCGCACGUAUUGUUAAAUGAGGGCUCCGACCAGGUGUCUGGAAUUGUCGACUUUAGCAGCGCCCUCUGGGGUGACGUGUUGAUGGCAGAGAUCUUUGCAAACCCAUCCCCGGCGGUUUUGCAAGGAGCAGGCAUGUCGCCGUAUAGAACAAGAGAGGAAAAGAUUCGGCUGGUCCUGUAUGCAUGCUAUCGGCUGGUCUCCCAGAUCACCCUCCAAUAUCAUCGGAGCCGAGAUGAGACGAGCGAAUUCGACGCACGCAGACGAUUGACAACCACUAUUGCGGAGAUGGCGAGGCUUGAAUAA